AUGGACCAGCCCGGUGAACUCACCGACAAAGGACGCGAGACUACUCUCGCAUUGGGCCAACGUCUUCGCCAUCUCUAUGUGGACCAGCUCAAUUUCAUGCCAGCUCUCAUUGCAGACAGCGAUAUGAUUUACCUGCGGGCAACCCCCAUUCCGCGUGCUUUGGAAUCGCUCCAACAGGCAUUCUGGGGCCUUUAUCCGCCUUCUGCUAGGACAGCGGACUUUCCGCCUCCAACAAUCAUCACAAGAAAUCCAGCGGACGAGACUUUGUACCCCAACGAUGCAGCGUGUCGACGAUUUGCACUUCUCAGUCGUGCAUUCGCUCAACGCGCAGCCGAUCGAUGGAACGAUAGUGAAGACAUGCAGUACUUAUCUAAGGUGCUGUCAAAGUUCAUGCCAAAUCAAGCAAAAGUGGCUGUCGAUGCCCACCCACGUCUGUCCGGUAUCAUGGACACGAUCAACGCCACAGAUGCACACAGCCCAGACACAAAGCUUCCCAAGGACUUCUAUGACCCGAAGGCGCGUGCCAUCAUCGAUAAAAUUGCGGUAGAAGAAUGGUUCCAAGGCUAUAGCGAAUCCACUGAGUACCGCAUGCUCGGUAUUGGCGGGCUUCUGGGCGACAUCACUUCGCGCAUGACCGGCAGCGUCGAGCGCAAUGGCAACGACGGUCUUGUGGAAAUUGGUGGAGUUGAUGGGAAACUUGGAAAAGGCCGAGGCGGCGAGACGGGCAUCAAGUUCGCCAUGAGCGGAUGCCACGACACUACACUUGCGGCUGCUCUUGUCUCUUUGGGUGCGUUUGAGAAUGAGAAGUGGCCACCAUUCACCAGCCAUAUUGCUUUUGAGAUGUUCAAGAAACGAGGCGUCACAGCUACAGCAAAAACCACGCUAUCUACUCAACAGCCCGCCCAAAAGAGUCAGGGCUGGUGGUCAAGCUUGUUCGGCAGUGCAAAGACCUUCAAGGAGGAGGGCCCAUUUGCAGGCAUCGCACGCAAGCCCAUAACCGAGCUUACUCCAUCGCAGCGAGAUGGGCUCAAAGACUACUAUGUACGCAUAAGGUACAACGACAAAAUCAUGCAAGUGCCGGGCUGCAAGGCGGAGGGCAAGCAUUUGGACGGCGACACAACAUUUUGCACACUUGAGGCGUUUCAAAAGGCAUUGUGGACAAAUACACGCCGAAGAAUUGGGAAGGGCAAGCAUGACUCUUCAUACAUCAAUCCCUCAGGACUUCCCAGCAUGACCAACACCCUCGUGUCUUACCGCACCCACCCGGCUAGUCCCAAGACUACCAUCAAUCGUUGGCUCGAGACUGUCGGGCUCUUCGGUGCCGACGGUACCCCUUCUGACCCCAACGGAGCUAGCUUCGAUGGGUACAAGUUUUGCAAGAGUUGCAAAACAAUGCAGGGUGCAGAGGAGUAUGUUAAUGUGUUCGGACGCACGCGAAUGAACUGCGAGUCUUGUGCGGCUAAGCAGGCAAAGUGUAAGCGGAAGAGCCGCGCGAAGCUUGCUGCGGAGAAGAACCAGCUUCACUGA